AUGGUAAGUCAAUACAUGCUGUUUGACUUCACAUUGAGCAUAAAAACCCGCCACCCCUCUCAGCUGCAGCAUCUCAAUAAGACUCUCUCUAUAAGGAAGCUCUUCAUGCUCAUCAAUAACAUGUCUGGCAUUUUGCUUCUGCUCUCUGUGGCUCUCGCCUUCUCUGAUGCUGAACAGCAUGCUGUUAAUGAGUUGUUUUCCCUGAUCGGAGCACCGCCGGUGCAAAGUGGAACAUCUGACUACCCCAGCAACCAAACCAAAACCGGAGCCAAAGAUCCUUCUAUACCAGCCAAUGAGCUGCUGGAGCAAGGCAAGAAAUCUUCAGACCCAAAGCUGGCACUGCCCCCGGGGAUAUGGCCCAAACACACAGACCCACUCUCCCCUCAUCCUCGACCAGGCACACACAGCAAGAGCAAGAAGGGCUCGAGGGAUGAGCGGAUUCCUGUUGACCAUAACAAUGAGAAAGUGCGUAAUGAUGGGCAUCCCAAUAAAGUCGUCCCUGCCACAGGGGUUGGGGGAUCGAACCGCACACAGACACAAAAAGCUACCCCUGAAAGCCCAGUGCAGUCCAACAACCCUUCAUCCAGUGAGUCUGAUCUAAACCACAACUCCAGAUCACGUACACGCUCACAACAGCCAUUGUCUAAUACACACAAGGAAAAUGGGAACGGUCGGAUGGAUCCCGAAGAGAACCGACCAGGCAAAUCGAGCCUGAACAACAGUCGCCCAUACAGCCAGUACAACCGGCGCUCUUCCAGUUUGCUCUACCACUUUGACAUCCACAAGAAAGAGUCAGAUUUCAGCCAUGAUGCAGUGUGCCUGAGUGAAUGCAGGAAGGACAAGGACGAGACCGAGCACUUCUGCUACAGUGAAUUCGCCAUCAAUGGCAUUGUUCAUGACAUUGAUCUAAUUCGUCGAGGCAUCAGGCUGGUCACUCUGCUGGUCAGCAACGACGGCUUCUACAAGAUGAGCCGUCUCUACAUCACUCCAGACACCUUCUUCUUCAAGGUCAACAUCUUAGUCUUGGACACCUACAAGUGUACCAAACCUUGUCCUGACCUCAAACUGGGUAGCAGAUACAUAAUCAUGGGCCAUAUCUACCACCGAAGGCGCCAUCUUCCCCCCAGUCUCCUCACUCUACUCGGAGGCAAACUGAAACCCGGAGACGGGGUCCUGCGCAGCAACAGCUACGUCAAGCGCUACAACAAGAGAAGGCACCAGAAAGCUCAAGAAGCCAUGCAUUCAAGGUGCAGGUGAAGGGGAAAACAAACGGCUCGCUCCUGACACCCGCUGCACGGGAGGACUACUCGCGGCCUUAUGUAAAUAUGAAAAGAACAACAUCAUAAUCUUGCAGUAUUAUCAGAGGAGAUAGACGGGAAGACAAAGGCGUCUCUGUCCACCCGGACCAAGCGUCCGAGCGUAAUAGAUCAAUCCACUGUGAGUGGGGAUAUUUUGCUUGCUGUACAAUGCUUGCCUUUCUGCCUGUCCUCUUUCAUAGACGACUCCAGGGAAAUCCGCUGGAUUCCAUCCACUGGCGGAGGAUCUGAUUCAUGUCUGAAACAUGAACCAGGAACCGGCUAAAUAUUUCCUCUGAGAAAUAUUCAGAGAAAAGUAAUAAAAUUAAAGUUUUAUGUGUUUAUAUACCCUAUACACCCUGCCCUUUGUGGUAUAUACCAAAUGAACCUGUGUUUUCAGCAGACAUUUAAACUCAUAAACCCGAGGCACGGCCAGAAAGGUCAGAGAUAUUAAAAUUGCAAAGUAUAUGUCCUCGUUUAAAUUGCACACAAAGCAUCCACAUGGCAUCAGUGUAUUUUAAGCAGUUAUCUUCUGUUUUUUUUUUUUUUUCCAUAACUCAUAUGAUUCUUUUACAAAAUCCAUAAUACACUAUUUGAACAUGUGUGCAUUAAAGUGCAAAAGUGCACUUUUCAAGUACUUAUUGUGCACUACGUAAGAUGUCAAAGCCAAUUUUUUUCCACACUGUAUAAACUGCACUUUUCUUUACACAUUUCAGCAGGACUACAGGUUUCAUCUCGACACUGGUUCCAGUGUCCAGGGUUGUGUAUGUAGGUUUUUUUUUUUUUUUUCAUAUUUUUCCAGAUUGGAAACAUGACGUGUCAUUAUCUCAGUUAAUGUCUGUUUAUUUUCCCAUUCACACUAUUUGAACAGCACAGAAGAAAAGCACAAACCAGCCACACAGAGCUCCUAUUUAUUAGGCCCAUACUUUAUAUUUGUUGUUUAAAUUAUGUCAGAAUGCAAGAAAUGUGCUGUUAUUUUCUAAAGGAGGAAGAGAAGAAUUAAAGGGCUUGGAAUGAGGAGGGGGGAGAACUAGAUUAUUGUUUUGUUUUGUUUUUUUAACAAAAUCCUUUUUUUUGUAAGACAAGGUUAUUUUCUUUACUUUGGGAUACUUUUACUCUGUAUUUGAGAAAGACUGCAGAAAGAGAAGGCCAGUGUACGCGUUGGUGUUGAGCCCUAAUCGGAUAGCAAUCUGAUCCUCCGCGCACCUGGUUACAUGAAAGAGGGCGGUUCUGUUUAGGGUCCUGUGAGCAAAAACAUGGGCCAGGGCCUCAGGGAACAGACGCUCCAGGAGCUGUAAUGAAACGCCACCUAUGGCGAAUGUUUGCCCGCACACACACACACACAUACACACACAAACACGCAUAGGCCUUUGGCUCAAGCUCAAAGGAAGCAGAAAGGGAGAGGCACUGGCAGGAAAGAAGAGGAGCUUUAUGGGCAUGUUGGGUGAAAGAGAAGGAAAGAUUUAAAGAAACGGGCUCCUUCAGACACCAUUCCAUGAGUCAGAAGUGUAUACUGGGUGAAAUUUAAGGGUAAACAGGGAACACUUUCAUAUACA